UUCAAGAUGUCUGCGCCCAUGUUGAGUUUCACGGCAAGAAUUUGCUCAAAUUGGUUGACAAGACCGCAAAUAAGACGACAUGGCUUGUUGUAUCAAUUGGACAGAGGCAAAAAUACCAUUGAAAAAGGGAUAUCGAAAUCAAAAGAAAAUCGUGAUCCAGAAUCUUUUGUGCAUGAAUCAGUACCAGAUGGAGUUACAACAGAAAUUACCAGCAGUUUCCAACAGGAAGAGAGAUCUAAAACUGUCCCUCAGGCAGGCACAACUGAAGUACAGAAAGUUCUACAAAUUUGGAGAGUUUUAAAUAAUGUUUCAAAAGAAAAAUUGAUGAAGAUAUUCCCUUUUGCAGCUGAUAUCCAUUUUCAACCUUUAGAUGUUGAAGGGAAAAUGUUAAAAACUGCUUUUGUAAAGUUUGAUACUGAAUCACAAUUACAAGAAGCUCAGAAGAUACAAAAAAGACAUGGUAAAAUCACUAUUAAUGGUUUUCAUUCCAAUAUGAAAAUUGUAGACUUAAGCCAGCAUCAAACAGAAUCUCUGCUGCAAGCAGUGGAAUUAGAGAGGAAAAAGGGAGAGAAAAUCAGCAGUGAGAAAAAAUAUGGCAGAAAAGGGAAUUUAUCACUGUUUGAACAAAUCCAGAAAAGCAGAUCUGAUGAAGCUAGCCGUUCAGUUCUAAUAAAGGUCAAAGGAAAAUCUGAUGUCUCUUACUUGUUAGAUGAGUUCAAGUCCAAAAAUGUUCCAGUCAAGUGUGCAUGUUACUCAGAACCAGAUCAUUUGUUAGUAGAAUUCAAAGAUGUAGAUUGUAUAGAAAAGUUAUUCAGAGGUGUUGGACAUUUCCGUGGCAAUGCAUUCAGUAAAAUCCCAGUUAGAGUUCGAACAAGAUAUUUAUUCAAAGAAGAUCAUGGAAAAACGACAUUGAUGGAUGAAAACAGAUUAGACAGUAAAUCAGUGAAAAUUUUUAAACCAAACAAUUUUGAUUUGGGAAUAUUAAAACAAAAUACACAGCUGUCAGAGGGAAUAAAUUUAUUAUGGAAUAAUGUGAAAUUGACAGAAUUUGAUAUUAGGCUCCAAUACUUCAUUGCAUCUACUUUGAAAGAAAUGUUGUCCAAUAUGUUUCCACAUUGUAAUGCUUCCCUAUUUGGAUCUUGUGUAAAUGGUUUUGGAAAUACAGGCUGUGAUUUGGAUAUUGCUUUAGACUUGAAACAGAAGUCAGCUGUAAAUGAAGAAGCUCAUGUAUUAAAAUUUUUAACUAACCAGCGAUUUAACAGUGAACGCGAAUGGCAGCAACAUCUCCUAGAUAUAAUUGGUAAUAUGGUAUGGGUAUUCAUACCAGGAAGUGGAAAAAUUAAUAAAAUACUGAAUGCACGGGUUCCCAUCGUAAAAUUUCAGCAUAACAACACCAGAAGAGAAUGUGACAUCUCACUUAAUGGAAUGUCUGGUGUAAAAAUGGCUGAAUUGAUGUUCAUUUUUGGAGAAUUAUGUCCAGAAAUUAGACAGUUAGUAACAGUGAUAAAACAAUGGGCUAGUGCAAAAGGUGUGACAAAAGAGACUCAACCUGGCCCUUGGAUGUCAAACUUCAUGCUUAUCAUGAUGACAGCAUUUUAUCUGCAGAACAGAAAACUGUUGCCAUCUUUUAGACAGAUGCAAGAAGUAGCAGUUGAGACAGAGAGAUACAUAGAUGAUGGAAAUGAUUAUUCCUUUUCUACAAACAUAGAUCUUUUAAAAAAGAAAUACCUAUCAAUAUUGAGUGUAGAUCAGACAAGCCCGGAAGGAUCUGUUCCUGAUGUUGGAACUUUACUCCAAGAUUUCUUCAAAUUCUAUGCAGAUUUUGACUUUGAGAAAUAUUCUAUAUCAGUCGUGGAAGGAGUUCCGGUGGAGAAGAAAACUUUCAAUGCAUUAUUCAUAGAAAAUCCUCUCGAUGUUGAACAUAAUGUUAGCAGGAAUGUAAAUGCUCAAAAUGUCAAUAAACUUGUAAAAGAAAUACAAGAAGGACACAAAAUUAUUUGUGGUAGCUCACCAAUGCUAUAUGAUUUGUUGGAAAAGAGAAUAAAAAAUGUCAAAUCCAAUUCCUUUAACAUUUCAUCACUUUUUAAAGAAAAUGACGUUAUACAGGAAACAGUAAAUCAAGAUGAUGUGGAAGGGAUUAUAGACAAUAUCACAUCAACAAAGGUGACUUUGCCAACAGAACCAAGUUAAAAAAAAGAAAGACAAUCUGAGGAAGACAAAAAGUUCAUCAGCAUGCAUUCAUAAUUAAAAUCAUGUGUUAUAAUAAAUUAGUGAGGUCUUUCAGUUAUUCUACAAAGGA